UGAAAUUGUGUGUAGUUUCCUUCACGUGUACUUGAGGAGCGUUGAGGACGAAGCCCUACUCUCUGCACCUUGAGUAGAGUUGGAGCUGUCAGGUCGUACAACUGCUGCAGGAAUAUAAAGAACACAAACAGGAUGUUUUCACACAGGGUUUUGAAGUCUGUAGCUUCCAGUACAUUCAGGGCUUUUUCCCAGCAUGGCAAAGCUCCUGAUAUGGCUGAUGGAAACGCGCACUUGCUUGUGACCAAUGUGCGUAAUCGGCUCAGGCAGAUCGUCGGAGCGUCGACCAACUGGAAAGAUCAUCAGCAGGCUCUGGCUGAAAGAAUCUUGCUGAGUAAACACCUUGCUAACAGUCAGGAGGAGCUUCCCGCAAAGACCAUGAAGGAGAGCGAGAUCGAGGUGCAUCUUCCUUUAGGGACGCAGCGCUCGGUCCGGGAGAAAUACCUCAACGUCCACAACAGUGUCAGGUUUGGUCGGAUUUUGGAAGAUCUUGACAGUAUAGCAGUGCUCAUCUGUUACUCUCACACAUGGAAUAAGGAGCUGGAGAGAUCCCCUCUGUCCAUCGUCACAGCGCUGGUGGACAAAAUCGACAUGCGAAGGAACAUAAUCUACCCAGAUUGCGAUAUCAAGUUCACAGGUCAUGUGACCUGGGUGGGAAAGACUUCAAUCGAAGCCAAGAUGCACAUGACACAGUUCCACGAUGGAGCGUACACACCUGUGUUAGAUGCCACGUUCGUGAUGGUCGCACGAGAUCCAGAAAAUAAAAGGGCUGCGUUCGUAAACCCGCUGAAACUGGAGAGCCCAGAGGAGGAGAAGAUUUUCCAGCAAGGAGAAAUUAAUAAGAAGAGACGUGUGGAUUUGAGCACAUCCUCUUUACUCAAGGUGGCUCCUACAGCGGAGGAGAGGACGCUGGUGCACAGCCUGUUCCUCAACACACUCGACACAAAAACGGUUAGCUUUCGGGGUCGGAUUCUUCCCAAAGCUAUAUGGAUGGAGGACGCUAAGCUUAAAGGCUUGGAGAUCUGCCAUCCACAGGAAAGGAACAUCUUCAAUCGGAUAUUUGGUGGUUUCCUGAUGAGGAAGGCGUAUGAGCUGGGCUGGGCCAAUGCCUGUGCAUUUGCGGGUUGUAGGCCGAUGCUGGUGGCGGUGGAUGACAUCAUGUUCCGCAAACCCGUGGAGAUCGGAUCCCUGCUUAUGUUGUCCUCACAGGUGUGUUACACUGAAGAACACCACGUUCAGGUUCGUGUUCACACCGAGGUGCUCGACCCUUUGACCCGGCAGCACGACACCACCAACGUCUUUCACUUCACCUUUCAAGUCGAGAAGCCUGUUCCAGCUGUGGUUCCACAGAGUUAUGGAGAGUCCAUGCUCUACCUGGAUGGGAAAAGACACUUUGAUGAGACAAUGAAGAGCCAGUGAGGAACAAUCAGCAUACAAAAAAUCUGUAAAGAUUUCAUGCAGUGAAGCCAAAAAAAACAAAACACAAAUGUACAGCACUUUUUGUUGGAGGCCAUUUUAUGAUUUACUUUUUGUUCAUUUAUUAAUAUUUACAUAAAAUAUAUGUACACUCAUAUCAACAUUCAACAUACUUUACUUUUUUUUGCACGUUUAUGCCAAGUUCUCACUACAAAAGACAAUGUUAAGUGUAUUAGACUGUCUAUUGCACUCUAUAGUGUCUAUUGCACUUUGUAUUAAGACGUUAGAACACAUUCAUCGCCAUAUAGAUCUGUGUGUUUUUAGUAACCAGAGGGUCUUCCUGUCUUUUGAACACUAGAUUGACUGAAUGAUUGUGCAGAAAAGGUUUUGCUGGAGUUUAUUGUUACAGUUUAAAAGGAUUUGCACCUUUCAGAUCUUAGAAAUUUCUCCAAGUGUUAACAUUUUUCAGUUAUUGACAGCAGGUUAUGUCCUUAUCUGUGUAGGCUAUAUGGAUAAAUGUUUGUGGAAACCCGAGCAUAAGAUUUCUAUGUACUUUCUGAACAUCCAAUUCCACAUUUAGUCCCAAUUCGCUGUUAUAAUAAGCUCCACUCUUCUGGGAAGAUGUUCCACUAGAUUUUGAAUUGUGCUUAUGGAGAUUUGCAUGAAAAUCACGAUCUUCAAUCAAGAUCUUCCACUCUAAGCCAAGUGAAACAUAUCUACAUGGAUCUGGCUUUGUGCACUUUGUGUCAUGCUGGAACAGGUUUGUUCAGGUGAAAGGAAAAUGUCAUUCAUCCACAGCGUCCAAAGACGUCCUAUAGAACUUUGUGCCUAUAACUUUGUGGUAACAGUUUUGGUGUAGAACCACACAUCGUUGAAAAAGUUAGGUGUCCCAAUACUUUUGUCCAUAUUGUGUAUUUCAGUCAAGCAGAAGUUUCUACAAAAUACAGGCAGGGAUCUCUACAUGGACUAUAAUAGCAAGCAGGUAACAGAAGGCAAGAAGUGUUGAACGUGUUGUAUAAUAAGGAGCUCGAUCAAAUAAAGGACGGCUUCAAGUGCACUUAUAAGAGAGAAAUGUUACUUUGGACUGGAAGCGUGUAAAUAAACUGACAGAAUUUCACGUUCUUUGCAUGUGCAUAUCACAUCUCUAUUAGCUCUGUUCAACCCAACAAAUAUAGAUAUCCAUCAUGUUCUCUGCUGUAAUGCAAAUAUUUGUUUUGUAUUUCAUUUUUGUAAUGAAAAAUAAAACAGCCUUUAAUAAAGAUUAUUCAAGA